CGUUUACAAUCAGUGUUAAAAUAAUUUUAUAACUCCCAUUUUACAUUAUCAGAAAUUACUUUGCUUUUGCAAAUCUGAUUAAUUAACGCCAGAAAUAAUGGCCCGGAAUGUGUACUCAACAAACAUGACCAACGACAACUUGUCCAGACACCAGAUGCUGGCUUGGAUAAACGCCCUAUUGCCCAGGAAGUUUGCCAAGAUCGAGGACCUGUGCAGCGGCUCUGCUUACUGUCAGAUCAUGCACUGCCUGUUCCCCAACUCCAUCCAAAUGGGCAGGGUGAAGCUAAAUUCCAAUCAGGAGUACAGCCACAUCCACAACUACAAGAUACUGCAGGAGAGCUUCAAGAAAUUGAAGGUGGAAAAGGAGGUGCCGGUGGAUAGAUUGAUCAAAGGACGUUUCCAAGAUAAUUUCGAGUUUCUGCAGUGGUUCAAGAAGUUCUACGACGCCAACUACAGAGGUCAGGCCAUACCGAUAGUGAAAAGUGUGAGCAGCCUGACUGACACGACGAAAGUCGAGGAGCUGAACAAAACGAUUUCCGAUAUGAAAUUCAAACGUCACGCUUUGAAGAAGGAAAUAGAUUUUUACGCAGGCAAACUAUUGGAUAUUGAGGUUCUUUGUGAGGAAGCAAGAAAUGAAUGUCCGGAGUUGGAAAACAUAUUGAAGUUGUUGAAUUCAGAAGAGGGUUGCGUUUCUCCUAGCGGGUCUGGUGAUGAUGAAGCAGAAGAAGGGGAAUCACGUGAAGAUGUUAAUAAAUAAGUAUAUUUAUAACUUUCCAAAUAAACAAUUGUAUUACUCUUGAA